UAAAAAAAAUCCGAUUAAAAUUUUCCCUUUUUUCAAAUAAGCCAACGUGCAUUUUCGCACUAUCUGCAUCUUUUCACUAUUCCUAUAAUAACAUAUUACAUGAGAAAAAAUAAUCAGAGCUGUGAUUUUUGAAGCUCGUUAGCCUUCCCUCGAUCUAAAUUGGGAUCCAUUUCUCCUUUCGUUGACUUUGAGUGACACAUACCGUUCUCCAGUUCAAAAAUUUACGAUGAGCGACGUGCGUUUACGAUUAUUUAUACCUUUUGCUUAUAAAAUUUUUCUCCUGCCGAAAUGAAAUGAGGUCGAAAUCUCAGUAAUACGUGGAAAAUUUCAGUUCAACUGCAUGAAGCUUACCUUUUCCUUAUUUUUUUAAAUAAUUUAAAAUUAUUAUUUAAAAUGAAUGUUGAAAUUUCAAAAUUAAUUUAACCUGAAAUCUGAAAACCCGAUCAGCAUGUUUUCGCCAACAUCUCCAAAGUCGAACGGAUCCUGUAACUCUGUUCGAAGCAACAAUUCCAAUCGAGCUCGUCAGUCCUCCCAAGAACUAGUUAGCUCAGACUGGGAAGAUAUUUUGGCCAUGAUGGACCAUAGAUCAGAGACUCUGAGGUCGCAAGAGACCAAAAGUAUGGCCUCCAAGGCUAAACUUCCGACGUCUAAAGGGAGUUCAAAUCAGUGCUUCAAUUUCGGAGCCCCCGAUUUGAGUAAAAGGAGAAAGAAAACCAAUAAUACGAGCAAUGGUUUUACGUCUUCAACAGGUCUGCCGCCUUCCGCUUUCGCCCCCGUGUCCGACGACGAAGUCUCGGUUGCCGACGAUUACGAAGGCUACAGCGAGUACGGAAGCUCCAGAUUAUCAAACAAAUUGAAGUCAUCUGCAAAAUCCAUCGAGUCACCGGUCAGUGACAAAUUACCCCAACCAAAUUUCACCCCAAACCACAGCAGUAUUCCUUCCACAGCUUCGACCAAAACAUCGCAAAUUGCACUAAGACCAAAUAAAACUAACGGAGAACCAAUAUUAACGUCAAGAACUUCCAAGAACCAAAAAGAAUCAGAAAAUUUACCUACAAACGAAGACACCUCCAAAGAUAGAUUCUCUAAAGAAACGAACGCGAAAACUAGCAAAGUAAAACCAAAUGCUGGCUUGAAUUACCCAAAAAAUAACAACCCAAGAAAUGCGAGAAAUGAUACAAAAUCUAACAACAACGUUGAAUUGAGAUCAAUUAACCAUAAUUUGGAAAAUAAAUUAUUUACAAAAACAAAUUUUGAAGCGCACGAAAAAGCCGAAUGUUCGGAGCCAAAUUCUCCCAAAAAGUCCAACUACCAAAACAACGAACGACAAUCUAUCGAAACAUCUCGGAAAGAGCAAACAAAUCGACGUGUGAAACGCAUUAAACGUACUAAACCUUCGAUUAAGAAAGAAAUUGACCAAAAAUCAGAGGAUGAAUUAAAGCAAGAAGAAAAUGAGUUGGAAAACGUAUUUAGAGAGGUGGAAGUUACUUUAAUAAGUUUGUCACCUGAAGAAAAAACUAGACUUGUAUCACCGCACCCGAAGUCACCGAAUUUCACCCACACUGAUAUCCGAAGUCCGAAACUUUCGGGGUUCCGACCAGCCGAGAAAGAAAAAACACCAGCUUGGAAAGUGAACGAGAGGCUAGCUCAAUCUCAAGUGAUUUAUGACCGAUACGAGCCGAUGUCUUCAAACUCGCAUUACGAAUCAGAACCGAAUAGCCGACGGUUGAGCGAAGCGGUAGCGAGUGAGUUUUCCAACCAAUUUUCUUCCGAAAACAGCGCAUCGGAAGAUCUGAUUAAAGUCAACAUUACUAAACCUUCAGUUAGUAUAUUCUCAAAAGUCAACCAAAAUUACAAUCAACCCCAAUCUCAAAAUUAUAAAACUCUAAAAUACUCCAAAAAGAAUUUAUCCCAGAGUUUAGACUUUUCAUCUCAAGAGGAUUUAAACCGAAUGGUGUAUCUCCGAAAGCAUUAUUACGACAAUCAAUACGACUACGAUUCGGGAACUUCGACUAUGAACUCGGCUCCAAUUUCAGCGAACGAUUCAAAUUGGAGUCACCGACAGAACGACUUGUCAUCUUCUCGAAGCUCAAGUAUUUGGAGCAAAUACGACGACAUUCAAGAUCGAAACGUGGCGGUUUACUCGCACGUUUUGAGGAAGUAUGGAGACAUUAUGGAGCUGGAGUCGCCAAGAGUAUCCCAUGUCCAGAAAAACAAAAUGGACCCGGCGAGGAAAAUUCUGGGUCAGAAAUCGUACGCCCUGGACCACGCUAAGAGGGUUUUGGUGAGGUUGAAACAAGCGACAGGUCAAGACUUUGAGUUGCUUCACGAGAAAGAGAUAGAAGACGAAUUAAUAUCGGGAGUGGAACCGCCCAAAAAGUUGCCUCCCUUGGGACUAGUUGAUCCUAUCGAGAUCGAAGUCAGAUCAUUCUACAAACCGCGAACCAUGAAAGAGUUCAGAACACUGCCAAAGUUCCAGAACUUGACAUUAGGGCCGCAAUCCACCGAAGCACAACAACGUGAAAAGGUUCUAAAAAUGGAGAAGUUGAGGCACUUGGACCAGAUCAUCCAGGAGAGGAAUCGGAAACUUCUUUCGAACAAGAGAGACAAGUCUAAUGAGUCAACUAACAAACUACAAAUAAGGGCUGCUACAAACUGAUUCUAAAACUUAAGAAUCGUCACUCUAUGUCAAUUUGAA